AUGGUUAAGCAUAAAAAUUUUUUUAAUAAAUAUCGCAAUAACAAUAAUAAAAACAACAAAGAGUCAGCAUCAAAAUUUUCACAGGCUUUUGGUAAAUAUGUGCCAACGUUAAUUAGUAAAUAUAUAAAAAUACAAAUUGAAGAAGGUUAUUUGGAUCAAUCGACCAGAGAAGCAUUAAAAGCAGGAAUCUAUUCAUUGUUAGAUUUGUUUGGUGAUUAUGAAAGAAACAUGUUAAUGGCAAAUUUAGAUAAAAUUGGAAAAAUUUUAUUUAAAAAUCUUUGGACUGAUUAUAUUAAAAAUUGGAAAUAUGUUGGCAGAGGAUAG